AUGGAAUACAAGGUGAAUGGUUCUUCCUACAGCUCCCAGUUAGUCCAGUUCCAGGACUUUCUCCUCAGAGCUAACAAAUACAGAUGUCUGAAGAUGGCAGGCGAUGAAGAAGCCACAGACAGGAAGCUCAUACUAGUGGAGGAUUUCCCAAACCUGUUCUACAGGCAGCCCAGCAGUCUGCAUGACAUCCUGAGGCAUUUUGUGAGAAGUGCUCAGUCUCCCCUGGUGUUUGUGGUGUCCGACUGUCCAAGUGGAGAUGGCAGGUUACAGUCUCUGUUUCCUAGAGACAUCCAGAAGGAGCUUGCUAUCAGCUGCAUCAGCUUUAAUCCUGUUCCUCCAACAACAAUGAUGAAAGUUCUGAGCCGUAUUUUAUCCCUGGAGUCAGGAAAGAGCGCUGGAAGAAUGUUUGUCCCAGACCGAGCGGAGCUGGAAGCACUGUGUUCAGGGAGUUCAGGGGAUUUACGCAGUGCCAUCAAUAGUCUUCAGUUUCUUUGUCUCCCUGACACAUCUGUAGAGAGCAGGUUGUGUAGGAUCAAUCAAAGACCCAUAAUAUCAAAGGACAGAGCUGUUUCUAGAGCAAACAAGAAAACAAAAAAGACUAAACGAAUGAAGGAGCAAGAAGAGAACCUGGCUGUAGGAGGAAAAGAUGCCUCUCUGUUCCUGUUUCGAGCACUGGGAAAAAUCCUGCACUGUAAACGAGAGAAUCCUGAAGCUGCUGAUGAAACCACAAGUCCUCCUGAACCUGGUUUGUCAUGUCACCUCUCGCAUCAUCACAGAGAACCAUUACUGAUUAACCCAGAGCUGGUUGUGGAGCGCUCACAGAUGUCUGCAGAGGUUUUCAGCUUGUACCUUCAUCAGAACUAUCUGGACUUCUUCUCUGACAUGGAGGAUGUGGGCCGAGCCAGCGAGUAUCUGUCAGAUGCUGACCUCCUUUCAGCUGAUUGGACAAGUCGCAGCAUCCUGGGACAGUAUGGAUCAUCAGUGGCCACCAGGGGCCUCCUUCACUCAAACUCACACCAGGUUUCUUCAGCAUUCAGACCUCUGCACAAACCCAGCUGGUUCCUAGUCAGCAGGAAGCACCGGGACAACUGUCAGGCUGCCCAGUCUCUGUUCAGGAGCUUCUGUCUGACUCCUGUCACUCUGCAGAUUCAACUGCUGCCGUUUUUAGCCAAACUCUCGAACCCGCUGAGGAACCAAGAACAAAUAACGUUUAUCCAAGAUGUGGGACAGAUGCCGCUAACAAGAGACCCUGGAAGAUUGAAACUAGAGGCUCUAACAGACAAAGACGUGUGCCAGGAAGAGGAGGAGGAAGGAGGUCAGAGUGUAAAGGGUUUACAGGCCAGUCAGCCCCAACCAUCUACCAACCAGGUUCUGUUGAUGGAAGACGAACAGAACAUAGAGGAAUAUAGCAGCGACUGA